AUGUUGACCUACUUUGCGUGCCGACCGGGCUUCGCUCCGGGUUGGGCCAAUUGUUCUCGCCCAUUUCGAUACCCUGCCGGUCGGGAAACUGGUGACACACGAAAGCAAACCCAGUCCUAUCCCCACCCUCCUUCUCUAUUCACUGCCUCAGAAACGGCCCACCAAGGCUCUCUGAGAGAGAAGUCUGUACAGUUGAGCAGCUACAGUCAAUCCGGAAACCAAGCUGCUGCCCGACAGACUGUCCAGCGCGGACGAGGAGGAUGGAAUACAGAGCUGAGAUAUAAGGAUGGCUUCAUAGUUGUGCCCAGUUAG